AUGAAUUAUUCUCAAUCUGUUUAUGCUACAACCGUUGAAUCCUCAGUUUUUUCGAGUGAUGAUAAAGAUUAUAGUAACAAACUUAAAGAAAUAGAAGAUUACUAUAUACAAACCUUAUUAAAUGACAAUGAUCUAGCUCAGGAUCAAAUCGAAGAUGAGGAAGACGAUAUUAGCAAUGCUUCGAGUAUAGGUUCCCCAUUAGAUAUCAAGAAUUCGUUUGCAAGUUUAAAUUUGGAUACUAGGAUCUUAAAUUAUAAUAAUUUUAAUACUUCGAAAUCUGUAAAUGUUCAUAGCAAUAAUGAUCACUCGAAUAACAACUCAAACAAAAAUAGUCUAGAGGUUAAAAUAAAUGAUGAAUAUAUUUUAUCUUUGAAUGCAUUGCCAUUAACAACAGAAAACUUAACUAAAUUGGCAUUCACUGCUAGUACAGAUAACAAUAUUGCAUUGCAAUUCCCAAAUCAAGAUCAAUCUCAAUUUAAGUUCAAGAAAACUACAAUUGAACCUGAACUAACACAACCAUUGAAUAAACAACUAUUCAAAACGGAACUUUGCAAAACGUUUACCACAAAAGGUUAUUGUAAGUAUGGUAAUAAGUGUCAAUUUGCUCAUGGUUUGCAUGAAGUGAAGUUCAAAUCACGUUCAAAUAAUUAUAGAACUAAACCUUGUAUUAACUGGACAAAAUUAGGUUAUUGCCCAUAUGGAGUUAGAUGUUGUUUCAAGCAUGGUGAUGAUAGAGACAUCGAACUCUAUAAAAAAGCUGGUCAUAUACCUAUACCCAUUGAUCAAUCAAAUCCAUUCCCAAUGAAACAACAUCAAUUACAUCAACAUAAGGAUGUUCCUCAACAGAAUACUACUAGCUCUAGAAGGAUAAAUCUACACCCUAGAAUUAAGGAAUUACAGAAAAUGUCCUGGUAA